AUGGCAGUGAAGAGUAAAAAUCAAACACCACCGAAGAAACUGCCGGUGGCGAAGAAAUCCGCACAGAAGAAAAAGGAUCUGAAUCCUGACGAUAUGCUGGAUAGCGAGGAGGAAGACGACGACAUGAUGGAGCUAGAAGACGAUGAAUCCAUAGCACCGGACGAUAAUGAUUCUGACGAUGACGGAAAGAUGGAAAUUGAGCCACCAACAUCGGCGAAAAAGCCAAACCUUGGAAAGGGUAAAUCACCAUCCUCUAAGGAACCGAAAGGAAAAGGAGCUGACGAGAAGCAGGAAAAGGCGAAGAAAUCCGCCAAUGCAGGAGGACCAACGACACCGACCGGAAAAGCCAGCCGCCAGUCGGAAAAGCAAGCCGCACUCGCGCUAAAACCGAAAGAAUCGCGCUCAGGACGGCUAGAUCGGACAGUUUGGGUGAAGAAUCUAAGAGCGAACACCACCGAUGAGGAUAUUGUGGAAUUCUUUGCUAGCGUGGGCAAAAGCACCAUAGUUAAACGUGUGCGCAGCAAGGCUCUGGCGAUGGUAUUGCUAGAAAGUACCAAUCAGAUCGAGAAGGCCAUCAGUCUGAACGGAAAAUCACUUAACGGACAUGCGGUUAUCGUUGAACGCUCAAAGUUCCAAGCCAUGGAAAGUGCGCUCAAGGAGAAGAAAAAGCAUCGUACGAAAAAGCGGAAGUUGGAACGUCGCAAAAAGGCAAGACAGGUGGCAGAAGGGGCUGAUAAAAAGGAACCUACCACCGAAGCAAACGGUAACCAGCAGAAGAAAGGCAAGAAAAACAAGCAGAAGGCAGCAGGGGUAGACAAAGCGGAACGUAUUAUCGUGGCAAACGAUAAAGGGCUGAAAAAAGGCAAGCAGAAGGCAGCGGGGGUUGAUAAAAAGGAACCUACUACCGAGACAAACGGUAAAGGGGCGAAGAAAAGCACCACAAACAAGAAGGAGGGCGGUAAUAAGCCCAAGAAGUUAGGCAAAGGUAAAGAUGUUGCAAAACCUACUGCGGACACUCCAACGAGUAAACCAGUUAAGUCUGCAUCGGAAGCAAAAGCUGCCAAGAAGAAGGAAUCAAAAGGCAAAAAAGUGACAAAAUAA